UGUGCAAGUCAUGUGACCGAACGGAGGGUUGUUCUCACAGAAGGACAUCGACAUGAACUCCCCUAACAAAACACUCUAGGUUUAUAUAAAUAUCCGGGCUCUCUGCAAUGUAAGGGGGGAAAAUCCUUCUUGAAACAGCUGAUUAGGUCUGUUAGUUAAAAAUGGCGUCCAAAACAACAGCAGCAGCAGCAUGGAGGAUUUUCAGUCCUUUUACCCUCCACUCUCCAUGCAGUAUAUCAGCACUGAAUAUACGGCACUACAGCUCCGACCUGGCAACCAAACAGGACAAAACUCCCAAGACCUCUCCCUUCAGACCAGCAGUCAGCUCCACUCACGACUGGAUCGGUCCUCCGAACCCUCUCUCUAACCUCCGUCCGAUCGUUUACCACAUCCCUGAGAAGGAGUCGGAGCUGCAGAAACGUCUGAGACACCUGCGGCAGGAAACGGAGGACUGGAACCAUGAAUUCUGGACCAAACAGAACUUCUGCUUCACCAAGGAAAAAGAACAAUUUAUCAUUUCACAACUGAAGGCAAAAGGCUUGACUCUGCGUGAUGAGACCGGUCGGCGGCGCUCCUUAGACAGUGAAGAGAUGGCCGUGUUUUACAAAGGCUUCCUGGACACAAACAGAAUACGACAUGCAAAUUAUAACAAUGAAUGGUACCGACGUAACUUCACCAUCACAAUGCUCAUGGCCCGCGUAGCUCUGAAGAACAUGUGGAGGACUGUUGCUAAAAGACACAACAAGAAUAACGGCACCUCUACCUCCUGAUACACAAAUAAAAUAUUGACCCACCCUC